AUGCGCCGCUCCAGCACCGACGAAUCCACGUACCGGCGCAGCCCUUCUCCGGAGAGCAAGGAGCCGGGCUUUGCGCGCGGCGGCCCCUUUCGGCGCUGCAGCAGCCUGUAUGGGCGCGCGGGCGCCGGGGACACCGGGGAUGCAGGCGGCGGCUUCUUCGGCCUGCACUCGAACCCUGGCCCCAAGGCAGCCCAGGCGCGCUAUACAACGCCCAAGGGCAACAAGUAUGUGGUCUUCUACCUAGAUCUCUCCUUCAUCUUCCUUCUAGAGCUGAAGCGCUGCAGCAUGGCGCGCGGCUGCCUCCAGGGCGUCAAGUACCUCAUGUUCGCCUUCAACCUGCUCUUCUGGCUGGGUGGCUGUGGUGUCCUGGGUGUUGGCAUCUGGCUGGCUGCCACACAGGGAAACUUUGCCACCCUAUCAUCCUCAUUCCCAUCCUUGUCGGCUGCCAAUCUGCUCAUCGUCACCGGUACCUUCGUCAUGGCCAUCGGCUUCGUGGGCUGCAUCGGGGCCCUCAAGGAGAACAAGUGCCUACUGCUCACUUUCUUUGUGCUGCUGCUGCUAGUGUUCCUGCUGGAAGCCACCACUGCUGUGCUCUUCUUUGCCUACAGUGACAAGAUCGACAGUUAUGCCCAGCAAGACCUGAAGAAGGGCCUGCAUCUGUAUGGCACACAGGGCAAUGUGGGCCUCACCAAUGCUUGGAGCAUCAUCCAGACUGAUUUCCGAUGUUGUGGAGUUUCCAAUUACACUGAUUGGUUUGAGGUAUACAAUGCCACUCGUGUGCCUGACUCCUGCUGUCUGGAGUUCAGUGACAGCUGUGGGUUACAUGAACCUGGUACCUGGUGGAAGUCGCCCUGUUAUGAGACAGUGAAGGCCUGGCUCCAGGAGAACCUGCUAGCUGUGGGCAUCUUUGGACUGUGCACAGCACUGGUGCAGAUUCUGGGCCUCACCUUUGCUAUGACCAUGUACUGCCAGGUGGUAAAGGCGGACACAUACUGUGCAUAGCUCUCACAGCCUCUGCUUCUCUGCCAAAGGACCCCGCCCAUGGGGAGAUGUCAGACCUGCUUCCCAUGCAGGACUUGGUGCUCCGCUGAAUGCAAGGGGGAAAAGCCUGAGGCCACAGCACCCAGGAUCCAUCCCUGCACCUGAGGGGACUCUGCUUGGGUGCCAGCAGAUUAUAGGGUUGGUGCCAAAUGGCAUCUAGGGCUAAGGGCCCAGGGGACUUUGACACUUUUUAUAUCUAUAUAUAUCUUCCAGAGUUCACACAGGACGGGGUUCCCAGCCUUGCAUGUAUGCCAGGUUGGGGGCAGGCCCAGUCUGCUCAAGACCCAUGAUGAUCUUGGUGCUCCAGGCAGGGCCAGGUCCCAUGAUCCACAUUCCAUGACAGGUUGUGGUUCCAGAUGCAUCUUAAUAAAGUAUGUGAGCAGUC